AUGCUGAUUCGUAAGCCGCGUGUUCGGUUCCAAUGGCAGAGCAAGAAAGGCAAGCGGGACGAUGCCGGGAAGGCACAGCGCGAGCCUGUGAGGACCAUUCACGUCGGCAACCCGGAAACGACACUGUUCGAGGGAAUUGGCGAAGCGUCACUAUUCGCAAGGAAACGGGUUCCAUCCGUUGAUGAGCUUGGCACUAUCUUGCGCAGCAAUCUGAGCACUUCGCUCGCUGCAGCGAGAGCUUCCUCAGUGAAGCACAGUGCGACUUAUCCGCCAUCGACACCGACUGGCAACGUGGUAGCACAACCUCAUGAGCGCGAUGAUGAUCCUCCAGCUUCGUUCUUGGAGUUGGCGCCCAUGUACCGACCGGUCGACGACCAUCUCGUGCCAACGGACUCCCGUGGUAUCAUGGACGACGAAGGUAACGGAGACGAUGGACCGCCGGCAUCUCUGUUGGCCACAACAGCAAUCUACCGGCCAGUCAACGAUCGCCUCGAGCCAGCAGCUCAAGACCUAACGACUGCUGUAUCUAUUGCGGAAUCCUGCGCCAUUGAGGACGAUGACGACCCUCCGGCAUCUCUUUUAGUAGAGAAUCGAGAAUCGUUGAUGAAUUACAUCAAAUCAGCACCACGGUCAGGAACAGAACCUCUCCAGCCGUCUAAGUGUCACCUUACCUUGUUACAGAAAGUCGUUGGACUCUUUGCCGGUCGUCGACAGUGUUCAUUCAUCAGCGAAGACAGGCCGGAAAUCGUUUCCAAUCAGUCCAAAGUCCAAAAGCCAUCCUCACCAACUGCCACCAAUCUACCUUCUGCUCCGCUAUCUCGACGGAUAGUAUCUGACCCGAACCUACCGCUUCGAAAAUCCAUUCCUCGGAGAAAUCUGCCUUUGUCCCCUCCAAUCCUCGUCACCCAUCAUCCAUACCGCCCAUUGCAAGAAAAUCUUGAUGAGCCCUUCAUCGCACCAGCAAAAGAGCACGAUUACACGGGUGACUACUCGGUGGCUCAAGACGUCUUCAAUCCCGCAGAGAUCCACCAAGGGUUUGCAUCACCAACCAGCCCUGUGUCAGCUACACUAGCGAUCCGCCGCCAGAACUCUGCCGCAAUGCUGCUCGACCGCGACGCAACAGCCUGGGGGAAAUGA